AUGGAGAAGUUCUAUUGGGCCCCGACUCGUGAGGAUCGUAUCGGGGUCUGCAAAGGUAUCUUCCGAAGUGACGGCGUACCAGACGAGGCAGUUGUCAAGCUUGUCGACACCUUUCCCGGACAAUCCAUAGACUUCUUUGGAGCUUUGAGAGCUAGAGUGUAUGAUGACGAGGUUAGGAAGUGGAUCGGAGGAGUGGGAGUGGAGAAAAUCGGGAGCAAGCUCGUGAACUCGAGAGAGGGCCCACCGACAUUCGAGCAGCCCGAGAUGACGCUUGAGAAGCUACUCGAAUACGGGUUUAUGCUCGUCCAAGAGCAGGAAAAUGUGAAGAGGGUCCAACUGGCCGACAAGUACUUGAAAGAAGCUGCACUCGGCGAAGCUAACAAGGACGCUAUCGAGAGAGGAACUUUCUUCGGUGGGGCUUCCUCUUCCUAG